GCGGAGGGAGAGGGAGAGGGAGGCAGAGAGACCCUGGCGGCCAGCAGCAGAGAGGGAGGUUGGACCGGGAACAAUAGAGAGAAACGAAGCCAGCCCUGAAACAGCAAACAAACCGAGAGAAAGAAAGAGAACCCGGCGAGAGGGGGACGGAUGGAGGGAGAGAACGAGAGAGAGCGAGAGAGGAGAGAACGGAGAACAUGUGAGGAAUAAAAAAAGAGGACGAGAGGAUCCGGGGUUUCUUUUGAUUCCUGUCUUUUCUUUGUCGCUGGUGGAUUGUAUUGAACCGGAUUCCGGUAUGAACCCUGCAGAAGCGGCCGAGGAGGCGCCCAGCGACCCCGACACUGAUGCCUUCUACAAAACAGGGUCGUUGAGGCCUGAAGGCAUCAAAGCGUCCGACGUUCUCCCCGUGCUGAAGGAGAAAGUCGCUUUUGUUUCAGGUGGGCGAGAUAAAAGAGGAGGACCAAUCCUGACGUUUCCUGCCAGGAGUAACCACGACCGAAUAAAACAGGAGGACCUGAGGAGGCUGGUGACCUACCUGUCUACUGUCCCCAGCGAGGAUGUCUGUAAACGUGGUUUCACUGUCAUCAUCGACAUGCGUGGAUCCAAGUGGGAACUCAUCAAGCCGCUCCUGAAGACGCUGCAGGAGUUUUUCCCGGCUGAGAUCUGCGUGGCGCUCAUCAUCAAACCUGACAACUUCUGGCAGAAACAGAAAACCAACUUCGGCAGUGCAAAGUUCUCCUUUGAGACCAGCAUGGUGUCAGUUGAAGGACUGGCCAAACUGGUGGAUCCCUCACAGCUGACGGACGACUUCGAAGGCUCUCUGGACUACAACCAUGAGGAGUGGAUGGACCUCAGAGUCUCUCUGGAGGAGUUCAUAUCCAACGCUGUUCACCUGCUGUCCAGACUGGAAGACCUGCAGGAGCUUCAGUCCAAGAAGGAUUUUCCUGCAGAUGUGGAGGGAUCCCGUCGGUUGAUCGAGGAGCACACUCAACUCAAGAAGAAGGUGCUGAAGGCUCCGGUGGAGGAGUUGGACCGGGAAGGCCAGAGACUGCUGCAGUGUAUCCGAUCUAGUGACGGCUUUUCAGGGAGGAACUGCAUCUCAGGCUCUGCCGACUUCCAGAGCUUAGUGCCCAAAGUGGCCAGUCUGCUGGAUAAGCUCCACUCCACACGGCAGAAUCUCCACCAGAUGUGGCACAUCACCAAGCUGAAGCUGGAUCAGUGUUUCCAGCUCCGCCUCUUUGAGCAGGAUGCAGAAAAGAUGUUCGACUGGAUCAUCCACAACAAAGACGUGUUCCUGCAGAGUCACACGGAGAUCGGCAGAGGAUACCAACACGCUGUGGAGCUGCAGACGCAACACAACCACUUCGCCAUGAACUCCAUGAACGCUUACGUAAACAUCAACAGAAUCAUGUCGGUGGCGAGCCGGCUGGCAGAGUCGGGUCACUACGCCUCGACGCAGAUAAAACAGAUCUCGAGUCAGCUGGAUCAGGACUGGAAAAGUUUUGCUGCCGCCCUCGACGAGCGCUCCACCAUCCUCGCCAUGUCGUCUGUCUUUCACCAGAAGUCUGAACAGUUUCUGUCCGAGGUGGAGGCGUGGUGUAAAGUCUGCAGCGAGGGGGGGUUACCGACCGAGAUGCAGGAGCUGGAGAUCGCCAUCCACCGCCACCAGAGUCUGUACGAGCAGGUCACGCAGGCGUACACCGAGGUGAGUCAGGACGGUAAAGCCCUCCUGGACGUCCUCCAGAGGCCGCUCAGUCCCGGCAACUCUGAUUCGCUGACAGCCACCGCCAAUUACUCCAAAGCCGUUCACUGCAUCCUGGACGUCGUCCACGAGGUUCUCCACCAUCAGAGACGUCUGGAAAACAUCUGGCAGCAUCGAAAAGUCCGACUUCACCAGAGACUGCAGCUGUGUGUGUUCCAACAAGAUGUACAGCAGGUACACACACACACACACACACACACACACAGAGACACAGAGACACACACACACACACACACACACACAGAGACACACACACACACACAGAGACACACACACACACACACACACACACACACACACACACAGAGAGACAGAGACACACACACACACACAGAGAGACACAGAGACACACACACACAGACAGAGACACACACACACACACACAGAGACACAGAGACACACACACACAGACAGAGACACACACACACACACACACAGAGACACAGACACACACACACAGAGACACACACACACACACAGAGACACACACACACACACAGAGACACAGACACACACACACAGAGACACACACACACACACAGAGACACAGACACACAGAGACACACACACACA